UCCAAACUACUGCGACGUAGGACGCUAACACAGGAGGACAAGAGGAAUAACUGGAAGAAGUUGGAAAAAUCCAAGAGAUCUUCUUGGAGGGACACUUAGAGGAGACGAAAGGCGGAAGGAGAGCCGAGGACGAGGGAGGGUGAUGAUACCCUCGGGGCCUCCAGCAGAACCUCCUCAAUGUCUCUCACGGAACAGCUUUCACUGCCCUCUCCGGCUUAGAGGGAACAUGUGGUUUCUGACGGCUCUGCUCCUUUGGGUUCCGGUUGGUGGGCAAGUGGCGGACCCCACAAAGGCGGUGAUCACCCUGCAUCCUCCGUGGGUCCAUGUGUUCCAAGAAGAAAAUGUCUCCUUGCGUUGUGAGGUGCCCCACUCAGCUGGGAACAAUUCCAUACAGUGGUUCCUCAAUGGUACAGUCAUCCAGACCUCGACUCCCAGACACAACAUCACCGCAGCGAGCUUCAGGGACAGCGGCGAAUACACGUGCCGGAUGGGGCUCUCGGCACGAAGUGACCCGGUGCAGCUGGAAGUCCACAGAGGUGAACAUGGCAUGGCUAGAAAUCUCAGGCCUCCUUUGUGCGGCUUCCAGAUUGUGUAUUGGCUGCUACUUCAGUCCUCCCGCAAAGUCCUCGUGGAAGGAGAACCUUUGACCUUGAGGUGUCAUGGAUGGAGGAAUAAGCUGGUAUAUAAAAUGCUUUUCUACCAAAAUGAAAAAUUCCUUAAGUUUUCUCGCUGGAAGUCUGAACUCACUAUUCCGAAAACCAGCACGAAUCACAGUGGCCUGUAUCACUGCUCAGGCAUGGGUGAAAAACAACGCUACACGUCAGCCCCAACAGCUGUGACGGUGGAAGAGCUCUUUGCAGCUCCAGUGCUGACCUCAUCCUCGUCAUUCUCGCGGGAGGGGAAGCUUGUCACCCUGAACUGUGAAACAAAGUUGCACCCACGGAGGCCCAGUUUGCGGCUCUACUUCUCCUUCUACACCGGCAACAAGACGCUGAGGGGCAGGAACACAUCCUCGGAGUACCAGAUUCUGACUGCCAGAAAAGAAGACUCUGGGUCCUACUGGUGUGAGGCAGCCACAGGAGAAGGAAAUAUCCGGAAACGCAGCCUUGAGUUGGAGCUUCGAGUGGGUGGCCCCAGGUCACCAAUUCCUGCCUGGUUUCACAUCCCUUUCUAUCUGCCAAUGGGCAUAAUAUUUUUGGCGGAUACCGUGCUCUGUAUGAGAAUAUAUAAAGAACUGCCAAGAAAGAAAAAGCAGAAUUUAGAAAUCUCUUCAGCCUCUGAUUAUGGAGAGGAAAUACCUUCGGACAAUCCAAAAGACAUUUAGCAGAAGAGGUGAAGUGUCAGGAAUAAGGACCACAGCAAGAAGAGACACACCAAAGCCUCAGCUGGCGGAGGCAGCUGUCCAGAGGGUGGCUGAGAUCAGGGUCAUCCCUGCCUCUCUCUCUCUGGCAGUGCUGGAAUGUAAACAUCCAAAAGUUGAACAUCACAAGAGCUGUGGGUUCCGUAACUUCUAACUCUUAAAUAAAGCUGGCUUCGAUCGAAACAAAUAUGGAAAUUUGGUAAUUAGAGAUGAUUUCAAAGCAGACCUACUCUAAAGAAAUCUUG